CGAUUUUCUCUCCGAGUUGCGUGAGAGACUGCGCAAUAGAGGAACGCCGAACUGAAUUCAACAUGUCAAUUUUGCCGUUCACUCCGCCGAUCGUGAAGAGGUUGCUGGGCUGGAAGAAGGGAGAGCAGAACGGACAGGAGGAGAAAUGGUGCGAAAAAGCCGUCAAGAGUCUGGUGAAGAAGCUGAAGAAGACGGGACAGCUGGACGAGCUCGAGAAAGCCAUCACAACUCAGAAUAUCAACACCAAGUGUAUCACCAUACCACGAUCACUAGAUGGUCGGUUGCAAGUAUCUCACAGAAAAGGACUCCCUCAUGUGAUCUACUGUCGUCUUUGGCGCUGGCCUGACCUGCAAUCUCAUCAUGAGCUCAGAGCCAUUGAACUCUGUGAGUUUGCCUUUCACAUGAAAAAGGACGAGGUCUGUGUCAAUCCCUACCAUUACCAGCGAGUCGAGACACCAGUUCUUCCUCCAGUGCUGGUGCCUCGUCACACUGAAAUCCCCAGUGAGUUUCCUCCUCUGGAUGACUACAGUCACUCCAUCCCAGAAAACACUAUUUUCCCUGCCGGCAUUGAACCCCAGAGCAACUACAUACCAGAGACGCCCCCUCCAGGCUACAUCAGUGAGGAUGGAGAGACCAGUGAUCAUCAGAUGAACCGCAGUAUGGACACAGGGUCUCCAAAUCUGUCACCAAACCCUGUUUCUCCUGCCCACAACAAUUUAGAUCUGCAGCCGGUGACGUACUGUGAACCAGCGUUCUGGUGCUCUAUUUCCUACUAUGAGCUGAACCAGAGAGUCGGUGAAACUUUCCAUGCCUCUCAGCCAUCUUUAACAGUAGACGGCUUCACAGACCCAUCCAAUUCUGAGCGCUUCUGCCUGGGCCUGCUGUCUAACGUGAAUCGCAACGCUGCUGUGGAGCUCACACGCAGACACAUUGGCCGGGGUGUGCGUUUGUACUACAUUGGAGGGGAGGUGUUUGCAGAGUGUCUAAGUGACAGCGCCAUUUUUGUUCAGAGUCCCAACUGUAACCAACGUUACGGCUGGCACCCCGCCACUGUUUGCAAGAUCCCACCUGGCUGUAAUCUGAAGAUCUUUAAUAACCAGGAGUUUGCAGCUCUUUUAGCCCAGUCUGUGAAUCAGGGCUUUGAGGCCGUGUACCAGCUCACCCGCAUGUGCACCAUUCGCAUGAGCUUCGUGAAGGGCUGGGGAGCCGAGUACAGGCGGCAGACAGUGACUAGCACCCCCUGCUGGAUAGAACUGCACCUGAACGGUCCUCUUCAGUGGCUGGACAAAGUGCUCACUCAGAUGGGCUCCCCCUCCAUCCGCUGCUCCAGUGUGUCAUAGGAAAAGUACUCCCUACACAUAUACAACAAAUACAGUACAAACCACAAGAUCUGGAAAAAAAUAAAGUUCUUUCAGGAGUGUAAGGCUGAAGACCUUCAUACCCACCAACCAGUUGGGUUCUGCAGACUCACUCAUGUAACACACGUGUUUGUCUCAUGCUGGAGGAGUGUAUUACAGUUUAUGUAUAUAUUCUUUUUUUAUGUCGUUGUUGUUGUUAUCCAUUUUUAUUGCCAUUACUGAUAUAAAAUAUUGCCAUUUAUGUUAUAUGUUGUUAUAUAGCAUGUAUAUGCAAGAUCUCUCCUUUCUCCUGUCUUUUAUGUUGCUGUGUUAGGUACAUGUUUACCAUUACAGAUAUAUGAAAGGCUUGAUGAUUUUUUUUUCUUUUGACAUGAAAAAAGUGCUUUUUUUUGUAAAGUGGAAAUAUGAAGUUUUUCAAAUAUCAGUUAAACUGUAUUUUUGUUCUUUUUUUGUCUUAGUCAUAAUAAUGGAAACUUGGUUUAUAAUGUUUUCUAGUACAUAUCAAGAGCUCUAUGCCACUUUUUUUUUUUGCAGUGUCUUCAAACAUUGAAAACCCAAGUUAAUCUUUUUCCAUUUCGAGUUUCCCCACAACAUUGAAUUUCCAUAUCUUGUUCUGCCCGGGGCAGUGAAAUGUUCUUUAUAGAACAUACAUUAUCUAUUCACAAAGAAAAUACACACACUGCUCAGCAAUUCACCAUUUUAAAAUUCACUACACAGAAUACUAUGUAACAAACUUCAUAACAGAUUAUGUAACACUUGUGAAAGUGUUAUCUGUGCUUCACAAUAUCUCUGUUAUGUUAUGUUGAAAUGUUAGGGUCUCAUUGCACAGAUGCUGCGAGCCUGAUCCUUUUCCUACGGCCGUUUUCCAGUUGUAGUGUUUUUCAUCUCUAAUUAAGCUAAAGAUGUAUGUGGACAUUAUUUGAGGGGGUUAUAACUGUGCCAGCAGUCCUCUGUGAGCGUUUUGUAGGAUCUGGUCUAGUGUUGAUUUCAUCUCUGUCUGCAGUGAACCGGCCGUCUGCUCUGUGUGAAUGAAUAGGAUUCAUCACUCUUAUAACAAUGUGUUGUGUCGUGCUUUCAUUGUUAUUCGCUCGGUGUUAGUGAGUGAGUUCAAGGUCUGGUGAGGUCUCUCUAUUGUCAGCUUCGGAGAAAAAGUUUCUCUGUGUGUGUUGUGGUAGAUUUUAAAAACUGGGCAUUACAUCAUUUUGUGCACUAAGAAGUUGGCACUUCAUAUCUCACAGUAGCGGUUGUGUCUGUGCAUACUGUAUGCACACACACCUGCGGGUCUUCAUGUCCUCUCAUCCUCCAGAAACAAAACUGAGUGAGUGUGCCUUCGCAGCAACUUUCAUUACAGAGUUUGUAAAUAG